GCACCUCUGGAGGGUAUGUGCAACGACUACAGUGUCGCAGUGGUAAAAGACACGGCUGGAUGGUACACUGGUCAGCACUCUACAGUUCACGAACUUGGACAUUUGCUCGGCGCCUAUCAUGACGGUGAAGGCAGCUCAACAAAGUGCCACGCUGCGGAUGGCUAUAUUAUGAGUCCUAAAUCGCAUGGAGCCAAUCAUGAGAAGUUCUCGAGUUGCAGUCUUGCAGCAAUCUCGAAGUAUGUUAGCUCAGAGGAAUCGAAAUGCUUGAGGUAUGCAGCAUCUGACAGCGCGGUCGGUGUCUUUCCACGCCUGUUUGAAUACAAUUCUUAUGAUGACACAUAUGACCACAGUACGUGACCCAAGUGAAGUACCUCUUGAGUUUACCCUACAUCUUACUCGCGCCGUGAACGGUAAU